AUGGCAGCAGUAAGCGCGGCGAUGUUUCGGCCCGGGGGCGCGCUCGAUCCCCCGUGCUACGCCACGCAGAGGAUAUACGAUUCACCGGAAAGCACCAGGCCGAAGAAAUGGUCAUCGAAACUUAAACUAAACACUUCAGGCAGCACGAAAUCAUCAGAGAAGUCUCCUGAAAGUCCAUAUAUGUAUGGUACAUAUGUUGAUGAAUCAAAAAACGAUGCAGAAGAUAUAAAUGGUGUUGAAUUUAUCCUCCAGGAAGAUAGUGAAGCUCUUUUUACAUGUAGCACUACUGAUGUUGUCGGAGAAAUUAAUACAAAAAUAGAAGACAACAACAUACCGAAAAUACCAGUUCUGCGGCGUUCUGAAUCUGAAAGACUAAAUUCUGUUCUAUCUAUUUCUCCCCCAAAAUUUUUAGACACUAUGGCAUUGCGCUCAAAACCAAAGCACGGACAUACGAGUCAGCUCCAGGAAACAAAACACCAGGAAGGGGCAGAUAGCAGUAAAGCGACUAUUGAGAAACUUAUAGAAAGUUCUCUUAAAAAUAUGAAAAGUGAUUUAUCUAAAGAUCACAAAGACGAACCACAGCAAUCAAAAAAGGAAAACGAGAGUGACAAAAAAGAAGUUAAUACAUCUGCGCGCUUAGAAAAUGACGAAAACGGCUGCUCUGCUCCCUAUGAAAGUAUGGAGUACGAGAGUGGUGCAAUGGGAGUUUUUUCAGACCUUGAACCAAUGUCAGACUGUUACAAUGCUUCGGCUAGUGAAUUGUCUACUGAAGAUGAUACUAAUUCUACCAGAUCUAAAUUCUAUCAAAUGUUAGUAGACGCAGCCUUAUGCGAUAUUGAAAUUUCAAACAGUGCAGACGAUGAUCAUCUUUAUGAGUCGAUCCGACUUAACACUGAUCCCAUAUAUGAAGAAAUUGGUGACAUGCCUCCACCUCUGCCAAUUAAUCCACCCCCCAAUUCAUUAAUGUUACAUGAGGAUGAAAAGCGAAGUGGAUCUCGUUCAAUUUUUGAAGGAGCUUCCAAGUACGAUAUUCUUUCGUAUUUAGUUGAUGCAAAAGAAAGAGGCAUUGAUGAUGAAGAAACCUAUAUAACUAAUUAUGGAAAUGAAAAUGAUUCUACCUGCUUAGAAGCAGAAUCUAAAGAAAAACAGAAAAAUGAUGUAUCUAAAAAUCAUCUUAGCAGUAACACAAGUCAAUUAUCAAAUGCAUCAGAUUCUAGUGAAGAUAAUUCUUUAAUAAUAAACCAUGAUACGUUAGAAAAAUCUGUUAUUUGUAAAAAAACAUCGGCGGAGAUUGAAAGAAACGAUUCGGGUGUUGGUUCGGAAACAAGUAAGUCUUCAAGAAGUAGAUUACAAGGAAAAAUAUCGCCGUGCAAUUUACUUACUGAAAAAAAUACACCAAUCCACCUCUGUGAAGACUGUGACACUGCUGUAGAAACCCAAAUUACGGAGCAAGGUUCAGUUUAUGCUCCAUUGGUUUGUAGAAAGUGUGCCAAAAAAAGAGCAGAGAGAAAAGAAAUUAUAACAGAAAUAGUUGAGACAGAAGAAAAAUAUGGUAGGGAUCUGCAAAUAAUUCUAGAAGAGUUUUACAAACCAAUGUUGGUAGCGGGCCUUUUGACACAAGAACAAUUGAGUGCAAUAUUUUUGAAUGUAGAGGAGUUAAUAGAAAAUAAUCAGGUUUUAUCAGAAAAAUUGAGAGAUGCACUGGAAAUUGCUGUUGAACAGGGUGACGAGGAUUUACUGACAGUUAACGUCGGCAAGAUUCUUUUGGAAUGCUCAGGUAUGCUAACAGCAUUUCAAUCGUACUGUGUCAAGCAAGCUGGAGCAGCACUGCUUUUAGCUGGUCUCGAAAAAGAAAAAGAGCUGCUAAGAAUUUUUCUACGCGUAUCACAGAUGGAGAAUGUAGUUUUGAGGCGAAUGAAUUUAAAUUCUUUUCUAAUGGUGCCAGUUCAGCGCGUAACCAAAUAUCCUCUACUUCUCUCAAGACUAUACCGUGCAACGGCUUCUUGUGCAUCAGAAAGGGAGGACGUACGAGGUGCUCAGCGUUGUGUAGAGUCCAGACUUGAAGAAAUAAAUGCGGCCGCUGCAGCGGCAGCGGCGGCCGCUAGGGAUGUCCCGUUAUGGCGUCGGUUGGCAGCCGCCAGGCGUACAGCGCAUGACUUACAUGUGGCUGAUAUAAGACUUAGAAAGAUGGCCGUAGACGUAUUGGACUGGAAUCAUGAUGAAGCAAGAUUCGCAAUGGAAGGCAAGUUAUUGUUCACUCAACCAAAUGAUAAUAACUGGCGUAAAGGUCGCACAAUCAAAUUGAUGCCCAUAAAUGCGCUUCUGGUUACUAAUGGAAAGCCAACGACCACGCACAAAACGAACGAGAUUCGAGAGACGAGGGAAGCUAGAGAUCGUGAAGCCAGGGAAAAGGAAGGAGAAGCUCUCUUCGCGCGUAGUGGCGUGAGGGAGGCAGCUCUCCUGCUAGUUCGAGAGAAGGCCGGGCGGUAUACUCUGCAGCGGGAACCGUUAUUCCUAGAUCGCUGCGUUGUAGCGGCUGACCAUGAGCCCGAGCAUUUCUUCGAAGUACACGAGAUAACUACAAAAGACUCUUACAUUUUUAAGGCCGAGGAAAAUACCCGUACAAGGACUUGGUAUCGGCAGCUCCAGUUCCACGCCCAAGGCGCGGGCGCUUGGCGUAAAAGGCGAAAUGCACUCGCUAACAUCAUGAUUAAUCCUAUGUUGACAAGAAAU